AACUGGGGGCGCUGUCUACUUGCCUCUAGUUCUCAGUUUCCUCCUCUGUGGAAUGGGCACAAGGACUUGAUCUGAGGAUUACACGAGAUGGUGAAUGCAGAAACACUUACAUUUACUCUGGAGAGUGGUAAACCAGAGGAGACCUCAGGCAACAGGCACCUGGGACCAUGGCCUCCGACCUAGACUUCUCACCUCCUGAGGUGCCCGAGCCCACUUUCCUGGAGAACCUGCUGCGGUAUGGACUAUUCCUGGGGGCCAUCUUCCAGCUCAUCUGUGUGCUGGCCAUUAUUGUACCUCUUCCCAAGUCCCACGAGACGGAGGCAGAACCAUCUGAGUCCAGAAGUGCUGAGGUGACAAGAAAGCCCAAGGCUACUCCUCCUUCAGCGAAUAAGAGGCCCAAGAAAGAGACCAAGAAGAAGCGGUAGAAGAGGAGCCUACAGAGCCAGGCAGGUGGGGUGAGGGCCUUGGGACAGCCCUCCUGGGACUCAGCCUUCUCUUCCUCAGCCUGUCCCACGCCCAGGGUCUGAGUGCUGGAACACCCUCUGACCACAGAGAUGUGGCUGAUCAUGACAGUGUCUUGGCCCCAGCUGGGCAGGCUACCACUUCCUCUUCCUUCUGCUUCCAUGACGGUUUGGAGCCACGGAGACUGAAAUGCCACUUGAGCAGAGACUGACUUAGUAGGGGCAGACGUCAAGUCAGCUCAUAGGAUUACACUUUUUUUACUUAAUCAUCAUAUCCAGACUCAGUCACCCCUCUGGUAGAUUUACACUACAUUUUAGAGUUAUGUCUAAGGCCGCCAGGCACCGCCCUCUCCCGUUAUUUGUGUACAACUCAUCUCCUCCUAUUCAGUCAGCUUUGUCUCUGCUUAUGCAGAUGGAACCAGGCAGGCCUCACUUGUUUGUUUAGAUCGAGAUACCAUGACCACUGCUAUGUGAGUGGUCCCACUAGAGCCACAGCCAGGUCUGGCAGGGGCCUGGUAUGAGAGCCAGAGGUAGGCCUGGGCCAGGGAUUUGGCUGGAUGAGUGCAUGUUCCUUGGGUCCAAACUCCCCAAGCCUCCAGUGGGGAGCUUAUCAGUCUCUCUUCCCCACCUAUCAUAGCACAUUCAAGGUGUGCCUUUGGCUUCCAUAUGUUACUCUUCCCCUCUACCCCCCAAAUUCUUUCAUCCUUUGACCUGACCUGAGGAAAUGUUAUUUGAGUAAAUGUAAAUAAAUGGCCCAUAUGCUGUA